GUGGAAGCUGCGAGGAGGAAGCCGGGGCGAAUAGUGAGAUAUUCUUUUACAUUAUCCCAUCAUAUAUGAAGAAUAUCCGUACUGGAUCUGUCCGUUGCCGUGUGGAGAGUCAGUCGUUCGUGCCUGAGUGAGCGUAUGUAUGCCUGCGAAUGUCUGUGCGUGGCUGUCUGUCACUGUCGUGGCUUUCUCGGUUAGUUGUGGAUUGGGCGGUCGUGUCUGAGUUCGUUCUCAUUCAUGGUCUGUAUGUAUGUAUGUACGUACGUAGUGUGCCGAGGGGCUCAUGCAGACAGCCGUGUACCUCGCCUGAGUGCCUCGUCGCUCAGAGAUCUCAGUGAUAAGAGGCAGUCGAAGUGAUUGACCGACGGAGCUUCGAGCUGCCUCUGUGAGCUUGGCAUCUGCGCCUGGAUGAAGAUCUUGUUGAACAGCAUCCAGGCUGCUGUUGGCAGCCUCCUGCUGCUGGUGUUUCCACUGACGGUUCUCGCCUUCCGCCCUUCUCGCAGCAUCGUCAGACCGUCGCCUCGCCACUCCCGCCCUCUCGCACACCCACCAACCACCGAUGUGCGGCCACAUGUCAUGGCUCGCGUGUCCAACGCGCUGCGUCGCCCCCUCGAGCGUCUCAAGAAGGACAUCAGCCGGAAGACAGGAGAGACAGCAAUAUCGGUCAACCGAUGGAUAUCCGAGGAGGGUGACCAGGGGGGGACGUCUGCAACAUCGGUCGACCGAUUUAUAUCCGAGGAGCGUGGCCAGGGGGUGACGUCUUACCAGAACCUGAUUCUGCACAAGGAUGAGAUCCUGGACACCUUCAUCUACAAGUGGCUUAGCGAGAACCGCAAGUUCGUCCCUGUGACCAUUUUCGAAAACUUCGCCGGCCAGGCACUCUUCAACAGCGGCUUUGAGAAGGGCUGGACUUACCAGUAUGUGUGUAUGCUGCAUGACAGCCGUCGACAGGGAGUGCACAUGGCUCUCUCUCUCUCUCUCUGUGUGUGUGUGUGUGUGUUUGUCAGGCGCACGUGUGACUACCACAUGCACCAGCAGGUUGAGGCGUUGGGGGAGAUAGUCGAGACGCGGCCCCUUGAUCGGGUGGGUGUGAGAAAACAGAGAGAGAGAAAGAAAGACACUCAGUGAGUGAGGGGAUCGAUCGGUUGGUGCGGUGCGGUGCGGUGCGGUGCGUGUGUGCUGGCAGCUGGUGGAUCGCAAGCUGCGUGUGAUGUUCGAUGCCUACAAUAGAUGCUGCAAAGAUGAACGAACCUUCGCCGAGUUCUACAAGGGCCUGGUGGACGAGAUCAGCAAACGUAGGUAUCUGUGUGGGGGGGGGAUUGGUUCAACUCGCGCGCAUCGUCAAGCGUGUCAGUCUUCUCUGCCCUCUCUCUCUCUCUCUCUCUCUGUGAAUGUGUGUGUGUGUGUGUGUGUGUGUGUUACAUCUAUCAGCUGAGCACAACUCGAUGGGCUCGUAUGUCGGCCCGCCAACGUCGAUAUGUCUCAGCAUGCCCCAAGACGACUUCUGCUGUGCGAUGGUAAACCAGACAGCCACACACACUGGCAGCCAGACACACAGACGGCCACACACACAGACAGCCGGAGAGAGAAACAGCGACCUGCCCACCGACUAAUGACCCCCCUGUGUGUGUGUGUGUGUGUGUGUGCAGGAGAUUAUCUGCGGGUCGAUGAGCUGGGGGACGUGGCGCAAGCUUCUGACAGACGAAGAACUAAUGGCGAUUCAGCAGUGGCAAGAGAACCUGCCCGCAGAGAUCCGCUCAAGACAGACGACGUCAGCAGGUCGCGUGUAGCGACCAGGAGGGAGUCGCCAACGGCACGGGCAUGGUGCCAUGCCGCACACGGGCCAUCUCCAGAUUUCUCGGCAUGGCUCUUGGAAUAAGGGCGGGGGCGCGCCGGCGGC